UCCUCCUCUGCUUAGGCGCCAUCCUCAUCCGCUGAUGCCCCGCUGUCCCACACGUUCAUAGCGAGGCUGUAUCGCCGCCGUUGAAGCAUGGGGUCCACAACUGCCGACGACCGCUAAUUGUGAAUUGCUUAACUCAGAUCUUAACUGCGUCCUUGGGCACCACCACCUUCUUCAUUUUAGGCUCCAUUACGUACGCCUUCCUGAGCAGACCCUCCACAGUCUCUGAGGGCAGAGCGCCCUUAGCCAACCACUCCUUAAUCGCAGGCGCGUUCAGGUUGGUCUCCUUCUUCAAGGGGUCAUACCAGCCCAGGUACUCCAGCGGCUCGCCAUCCCUCCGCUUCUUGCUGUCAAUGGCCACAAGGCGAUAGAAGGGCAGCUUCUUGCGGCCAAAGCGUUGGAAACGGAGCGCAACACGGUUCUCAAUUACAGUGGCCACACGAGCAGGCCUAGCGGCGGACACGCGGUUGGCAGUGAAAGGCUGCACGCUGCCUGUGAAGGCCUUGGAAGAUAGCGUCUGCAUUGUCACAGUCUUGAACAAAUGCUUCCUAACUGAAAAUCAUACAAUUCUGUACAGAAUUGCGUGAAACGUUCCUACGCGCGCCGAGCCUCAUGUACGUGGGCCCAACUAUGUGCCGUGCAGAUACAUGUACUCUUCCUGUUCAACAGAUGUGUUACUGAGAAAAAUGCCCUCUGCCCUCCAAGGCACGUUCCAUACUUACCGGCCUAUACGCCGUUUAGGCCAGGGUGCCUUUGGCGAGGUGUCCCUAGCAUCGGUAUUGGAGACAGGCGAAGUUGUUGCUUUAAAGCGAAUUCACAUUCGCAACACCUCGGGAAUACCAGAUGUUAUCGUUCGCGAAAUCAAGGCGCUGCAAAGCGUUUCACACCCAAAUGUGGUUGCAUUGCUGGACGUCUUUCCGAAGGGCCAGGCCAUCUACCUCGUUCAGGAGUACUGCACCACCGACCUAGCUGCGCUGCUGCGCCGCCUGCCCGCACCGCCCCCAGAACGCAUUGCAAAGGGCCUUAUGCUGCAGAUGUGUCGCGGCCUGGAGGCUCUCCAUGCCGAGGGCAUCAUGCACCGCGACAUCAAGCCCAGCAACACACUCCUCUCCGCCUCCUCAGGCACCCUCAAGCUAGCCGACUGCGGCCUGGCGCGCCCCCACGACGGCGGCGAGCGCCCCGCAUACACACACGCGGUGGCCACCCGCUGGUACCGCGCCCCCGAGCUGCUGUACGGCGCCCGCUGCUACGGCCCGGCGGUGGACACGUGGGCGCUGGGGCUGGUGUGGGCGGAGCUGCUGGGCCUGUCCCCCCUGGUCCCCGGCGACAACGACAUCGACCAGCUGGGUCGCGUCAUCGCCACAUUUGGCAGCAUGGAGGCUGUGUGGCCGGUGGUGUGCGAGCUGCCUGACUGGGGCAAGAUCGCCUUCCCCGCCGCGCAGGCGGUGCCGCUGGGGCGGCUGCUGCCGGGGGCCAGCGGGGCCGCGCUGGACUUCCUGGCGCAGUUCCUCAGGUACGACCCCUCCCAGCGCAUCACCGCCUCGGAUGCCGUCCGCAGCGCCUACCUCACCAGCCAGCACCCCCCGCCGGCGGAUGAGGCGGAGAUCGCGCAGUGGCUGGCCGCAACGCUGGAGGCGGCGGAGGCGGCGACGGCAGCGGCACGCAGAGCAGCAGCAGCGACGGGGGGAGGAGCGGCACGAGGCGGCGGAGGUGCGGGUCAACAGCAGCAGCAGCAGCAACAGUACCAGCAGGAGCAGUCGCAUGUGCAGCAGCAGGCGGGUCCGCAGCAGGGCGGGCUGAUGCAUGGCGGCUGCUGUGACCAGCAGGAGCUCUGGUGGGGCGCGCAGUGGCGGCAGCCGAAAGCCCCGCUUGCCGCCUGCUGGGAGUCCCUGCCGCUGAUCUGACAGGGCCUUGCAAACCAGCAGCAGGCAGACACCAACCGGGCAGACACACACGUAGUAGUGAAAGCGAGCGGCGGAAGCAGGGUGCACCUUGUCACGGCAUGGAAGAGGAGCAUCAGCACCCUGAAGCCGCAGCUUGAAAGGGUGCAAUAUCGCACGGGUGCUGUGCUGUCCGAUACAUACGCUACGGUCUCCUGCUGGGCCCGCCGUACCGGACAUGUCGUACCUCACAUCCUCCCACGCCAUCAUCCGGCAGCGCAGUCACCCUGCGCUUGGGAAGCGCAGCUGCGCCCUAGUACCGGUAAGCUACGCGCUGAUGGCAUGGCCGGAUGAUGGGUUGUUACGCCUGGCAGCAGCAGCUGAAGUAGCUGCAACAGCCACCGGUAAUGCCACACGUUUGACAUUCGCCCCGCAACAUUCGGGGAUGGUCCUCCCAGCCGCUAACAGCUGCAGUACAAGCUACAGCGCAGGGCCAAUUCGCGCCGCCUCAUGCGUCCUCAUGCGGGAGUUCUGCUCCCUCGAGAGGGGUGAAAGGGGUCCCCAAUACACGUACGCGCUCUUUCGCUUCCCGCUUCCAAACAAGCACCGCCUCCCAGCGGGAUUGUGUGUGCAGCAAAUGGGGGGAAGUACGUACCGAGCCUUCCUGUGCACCCACGUGGACAGAGGAGUAGCGGUUGAAGGUUGAGGUGGUGUUACGUGCGUCAUGGUUGUUGUUAGCGACGAUUCGGUUUGGGUUGUUAGCGACGAUUCGGUUUGGUUUGUCGCAACUUGGGCGUCGUCAUGGGUACAUCAGGAUACAUGUCAGGGGGACCGUGUUUUGCACACCAGGAAGCAGGGUGCUGCAGCUGGCGAACAGGCGUUGCGUGGGCCUAGAUGCAAGGGUGCGGCUUAGCGAUGAGGGGUUAUUCACCGCUAGGCGACGGCUAGAACUAUGCAUACCUGGUCCGCUUACCUGUUCACCUGCGAAGCAGUGAGCCCCCCAACAAUGCGUGCAAUGUGUUACAUGCGCACCAGGGUGAGCCGUUGGCUGGGCGUAAUCGAUGUUUCGUUUUUGGUUAAGGUAUAGGGAUGUUACGGAGGUCAUCGUCAUUGUCAGCAUCAGGCAGGUUUCGCAACACCUUCCAGAGAAGUCCCUGCUGUGGACGGUACGGAACGAAGACUCUGAAGAUGGUCAACUCUUGGCGCUCCUUUGCCCUCUACUAUGUAAUAUGUACACAUCU